CCCUACACGGUGGUGUAGUGAUCUCCAUGGUGCAAGUGCUUCCCUGUGCCAGGGUAUCAUGGAAGGGCUGCUGACAAGAUGCAGAGCGUUGCCCACCCUGGCCACUUGCAGCUGCCAACUCUCUGGGUAUGUCCCUCGCAGGCUUCACCACUGUGCCCCAGGGAGAAGGCAGCGCUUGGUGCUGUCCCGUGUGUUCCAUCCACAGAACCUUCGGGAAGACCAGGUGCUCUCCCUGGAGGGCAAAGCUAGUGACCUGACCUGUAAGAGCCAGCGGCUAAUGCUGCAGGUGGGCCUGAUCCACCCGGCAAGCCCUGGCUGUUACCAUCUCCUGCCUUACACCGUCCGUGCCAUGGAGAAGCUCGUGCGGGUAAUAGACCAGGAGAUGCAGGCCAUUGGGGGGCAGAAAGUCAACAUGCCCAGCCUCAGCCCGGCAGAGCUCUGGCGAGCCACCAACCGCUGGGACUUGAUGGGCAAAGAGCUGCUAAGACUUAGAGACAGACAUGGCAAGGAAUACUGCUUAGGACCAACUCAUGAGGAAGUUAUUACAGCCCUGGUUGCCUCCCAGAAGAACCUCUCCUACAAGCAGCUUCCGUUCCUGCUGUACCAAGUGACGAGGAAGUUUCGGGAUGAGCCCAGACCCCGCUUUGGUCUUCUCCGUGGCCGAGAGUUUUACAUGAAGGAUAUGUACACCUUUGACUCCUCCCCAGAGGCCGCCCAGCAGACCUACGGCCUGGUGUGUGACACCUACUGCAACCUGUUUGACAGGCUGGGGCUUCCAUUUAUCAAGGUCCAGGCAGGCGUGGGCAGCAUCGGGGGCACGAUGUCUCACGAGUUCCAGCUCCCAGUGGAUGUUGGAGAGGACCGGCUUGCCAUCUGUCCCAGCUGCAGCUUCUCGGCCAACAUAGAGACACUAGAUUUGUCACAAAGAAACUGCCCUGCUUGCCAGGGACCACUGACUGAAACCAAAGGCAUUGAGGUGGGGCACACAUUUUACCUGGGUACCAAGUACUCUUCCAUUUUCAAUGCCCAGUUCACCAACAUCCAGGGCAAACCAUCCCUGGCUGAAAUGGGGUGCUAUGGCUUGGGUGUGACACGGAUCUUGGCUGCUGCCAUUGAAGUCCUCUCUACAGAAGACUGCAUCCGCUGGCCCCGCCUCUUGGCCCCUUACCAAGUCUGCCUCAUCCCCCCGAAGAAGGGCAGUAAGGAGGAGGCAGCUGCUGAGCUCACAGGGCACCUGUAUGACCACAUCACAGAAGUGGUGCCUCAGCUUUGUGGGGAGGCGCUGCUGGACGACAGGACCCACCUGACCAUUGGAAACAGACUGAAAGACGCCAACAAGUUGGGCUACCCCUUUGUGAUCAUCACUGGCAAGAGGGCCCUGGAGGACCCUGCACAUUUUGAGGUUUGGUGUCAGAACACUGGUGAGGUGGUCUUCCUCACAAAAGACGGAGUUGUGGAGUUACUGACCCAAGUGCAGACUGUCUAAAUGCCCCCCAGGCCACUCGCGCCCCGUCUCACAGCCUUGCUGUCGUUCUAACAUGCACUCUCCUCCACUCCUUUCCUGGGCUGCUCUCUCCAGAAACAGGGCAGCUCAUGGGAGCUGAGACCAUGCUGGAGAAACCAACUCUUACCCAGUCAUUUGUUCAAAUGAUUUGUAUUUAAAGUCAUUAACUUGAUCCCUUUCCCUGGAUGAUCAUGCCACCAUAUACCAUUCCUUCUGUAUUCCUUUGUGGAAGCUUCUAUUAGGAGGCUGAGAGAUAAGAAAGAGUGCUGAGUUCUGGUCUUGGCCCUUGGGUGAUCGCUUGCCUUCUCUCAGCUGAGUCUCCCACGUGUAGGCUGGGAAAGUCCCGACAGUCUGACCGUGGGCCCCUUGCUGCAUUUGGUCCAGAGAACAAGCCCACCAGCCCUGCUCCACUGAGCAGGUGGG